CGCUACCGCCGCCGAGGAGCAGCGUAGCCAAUUGUCAGUGUUUCUCUCUUUCUCUCUCUCUCUCUCACUCUGACGCUGCUCCGUUUGUUUGUAAACUAUCGGAGUUGUAGCUCUUCCUUUGUGCCUGACCAUCCACAUACUGCACCAGAGCUGCGUUGCUCUUUCUCCUACGGUGAAUCGAGUCGGCCGUGUGCUAAAACUACCUGCUGACGCAGACAGACUUUAUAUCCGGAUGACGAGUGAAACUUGAGAAUGAGUAUCAGCUUCAGUAUUGUUUAAAAGUUGAUAUAAUUAUCUAUGAAACCUCAGCUGAUCUAUAUAUAUGGAAUAAGCAACUUGACAGAUCACUUCAUUUAUUCAAUUUGUUCAAUUUUAAUUGAAAUCAUUUAUUUAUUUUAUAAGAUGAGCCAUACAAUGAAUGAAAAGGAGGAAUUGGUGAAGAAGUCCCUGUUUAGCUUUGUCAGGAAGCAAGUGCCAACUGCUCAAUUAAGUUUGAUAGAUGACAUUGUUUUGGGGUAUGUGGUAAGCAUGGUUGAAGAAAGUGCUUUAGAAGACGAAUUAGAUGUUGAUGGUGUGAGUGAGAUGGUAUCAGCUUGUCUUCCUGAGUUUUCGACAAUUGAAAAAGAAGCAGUGACCAAGUGGUUAUUAGAUAUUGAAAGUGAACUUCGACAAGGCAAGAAAGGGAGCAAUGACAGUGCCCAACAAAAUGAUCCACUCAGUUGUCUUAGUUUAGCUGCAUUACUACCACCUGAACCUCAGCGGACUUCAAGGGUACAUCACUUGUCAGAAACUAGUGAUGCUGGUAGUGAUUCUAGUGGAGAGUAUUAUGCAGAUGAGUCAUCUUGGGAUCAGGUAGCAUUAUUGCAAGAAAUGUUUCCUGGAGCUAGUCCUGCAGAAGCUCGCCACUGCUUGGCUGUAGCUGGAGGUGAUAUAGCAAAAGCUGCUCAGCUUGCUCUUCAUAGACAGGAAGCUGGGCAGAGUAUCGUUAGCAAUCAUACUUUCUUGACACCAAAUGGUCGAAGCAAGGCACGCGUCAAUGAUGAAGAGCUUAAAGCUCGUAUUAUAAAUCGCUAUAGCUAUGUGGACCGUGACGACGAUUCGCGCGAGCAUCGCCCGGUGGCACCGAAAACGGAGCCAAAGAAGAUGGUGCGUUACUUGGACAACAAAAUUGUGUCGGUCAAGGGCGAACGUUUUACCGAGGUGAAGCGUGGUGGUGAGGACGAGGACGGUAACGAAUCCGGGCGCAAGCCCCGUAGCCAUUGUCGCCCGUAACCAGUGAUGUCGCCUCCACCCCCCGAUCCACCCCCCUGGAGGCGCCUUCUUCUUGCUCGCGCGCUUAAUCUCGAGGUCGCGCAACUGAUCUAUCUGCCAGCGCUAAAUUGUCGAGCGUGAAAUCGAGCUUUGGACGUCAAGGUUUACCUUGGGGCGAUCAUAUCGCCAACAUUAUUUAUUAAUAUUUUUACCGUUUUUUUCACGCUUCUGUUAUCUUUUGUUUAACGACUGAUAUAAUGGCAUUGUUUUAAAGACUUUUAUCUCGCUAUAGUUAUAUCUUUCCAAUGAUAAUGAUCGUUGGAAAAACUCCAAAGAGGUGAAACUUUGGAUUUUGAAAUAUUCGUAGGUCAUUCGAAAUUGAGGACAUUUAGAAAAAUUGUAGUGAUUUGAAUGACAGAAAACUGAGAAGAGUAGGGAUAUUUUGCAGAACGAUCGUAUAUAUUUUAUAUCUUUUUACUUUAUAGUACAAUCAUUAUAAAUAAGCUUUUUUCCUUAUCUGUGGUGAUAAUCUUUACCUACUUUUUAGCAACUUUAUCUUUAUAAUUUUUAUAAUUUUAUUUAUUAUAAUUCAUUAUUAUUAUAUAUAUUAUGUAAGUGACUUAAAUAUUUUAUGCAUUUAUGAGAGUUGCUUCGAGAGUGUUUUAAAUCUGUUUCUUUGGAUAUAGAUUAUGAGUAGUUAUUCUUAAUUUUCUUCAGAAUAAUUCUUAACUUUAAUACUGUGUGUUUUCAAUAACUUAUAAAAAUAGCACUAAUUCAAAAAGGCUAAAUUUUGUAAAUUAAAUUUAAUUGUGAUUUUUUCAGUUUUGUUGAAGUCAAAAUUAUAUUUUAAUUAGAUUGAUUUUUAUUAAGUUAUGAUAAUCCGGAAGAAAAAGAGGAGUUCGGUAUAAGAGGAGUGUGAUAAUUGUGAAUAAAUUGAUUUUUAUGGACAUUUUGAUUUAUACAAUUUUUUCCGUUGACAGUGUUAUGUAUAAAAUGUACUUUUCCGAUAUUAACUUUGACGUCCAAAGCUUAAUAGGUGUAAAUACGAGAACGUAGCGAUUUAUGAUUUCGCUCCAGCGUAUAAUGGCCACAACGGUCGUUAGGUCGAUUAUGUACUCGUGUUUUUUCAACUUUUUUUUGUAAUUCAUCAUCGAUGACAAUAAUGCUUGAUCUUAGAGUCAUUCUUGAUUUUCAAGGCUGGUACCAUGGAUAAUGUUAUUUAUCUUUGCUAAUUUUCCAAAAUAAAUGGGCUUAAUAUUUUAAACAAUAAUAAUCUUUUUGUACCAAUCUAUCUUUGUUAUUGUUUCACUUCAAAUAAAAUAAAGCUUAAUUUGCUUGUUUGAGGCAUAUUCAACAUGAAGAUAACUAGCUUUUUCACAUUUUGAAACGAUCAUGAAAUCAGUAAAAGAAAUGUUAUUUUGCUACAGAAGAUAAAUGAGUAUAAGAAUAAAAAAAAAUAGAAAGAAAAAACACGAGUAUACAGACUUAGCCAAAAAAUAUUAAACACGCGUCUUACCCGAAUUGGGUAUGUUCGUAUUAUGUGUAUUUGAAGCUUGAAUAUAUGUUGUACAUAAAACGACAUAGAGGAAAAGCGAUUUUAGUAAAUGACACUUCGCAUCGAAGUAGCAACGACGUAUAUGCAAUGAAAGUUUGAUAAGAGAUAAGCGCGCGCACUUGAUGAAGACGAUAACAAAUAUGAUACCAGCCAAUAAA